UCAUAACCCGCGGCGUUCGAUAUUCCCACCCGUGUUUCGACGUCUCUCCCUCCCACCUCCCUCUCUCCUCUCUGCCUCUCUCGCGCGCCGUGUGGAUCCGGCCCCAGCAAAAGGGGGUCGGAAUAUCAACCCCCCAAUUCCUCGCCGGAGACCUCCGCGCUCCCCCGAGUCGCCGUUAGGCGUACCCAAAUCCCCACACCAAAAGUCCUAACCCUAACAUUAAACCAAAGCCCCUCAAAUUCAUCGCGCUCUCGCCUCUAUCUCGGUAGCAGAUUGGCACUCUCAGGCUGAACGCACUUUGAAUGACGAAAACAUCGUCAAGAAACAACGGCUGUCUUACCCAAAGACGACGAUGCCCGUGUGGGGAUGAGCAAUGCUAUAUUAAGGUUGAGGGGAAUGAAGAAGAUGCAUCAACUGACACCGCAUUGCCUGUCGAUCCAAACCUUAUGCAUGGACCGCCACACACUUCUCCUGAUAUAGUAAAUAUAGAAACCCCAUAUGUGGGCCAGUCCUUCCGAACCGAUGAUGAGGCUCAAGAAUACUAUACCAACUUUGCUCGUAGAAAUGGCUUCGCAAUAAGAAGAGAGCGCUCAAAGGGAAACCCUUCUCACCCUUUAGGAGUAUAUAAGCGAGAGCUCGUGUGCCACCGAGCUGGUGUGUCCCUUCCACGUAAAACAGCCGAGCUCAAGCGCCAAAGAAAUAAGAAAUCUUCGCGAUGCAAAUGUGAGGCGCAAAUGAUAAUCAAGAAGAACGUCUCAAAGGGUACGAGUCGGUGGGUGGUCGUUCAAUUCAGUAACAUGCAUAACCAUGAGUUGCUCGAUAGCGAUGAAGUGCGACAUCUUCCUGCCUACAGGAAUAUAUCAUCGGUGGACCGGGAGCGAAUUUUGUAUCUUGUGAAGGCCGGCUGCACAGUGAAUCUUAUAAUGAGGGCUCUCGAGAUGGAAAAAGGAGUGAAGGCAGGGCAGUUGUCGUUCACUGAGAGGGAUUUGAGGAAUUUUUUACAGGCUUCGAAGAACAUUAAUCGCGAGAAUGAAGGAGUGGAGCUUCUCAAGGCAUGCAAGGCAAUGAAAGACAGGUGUCCAGAUUUUCGGUAUGAUUUUACUGUUGAUGCGAAUGACAAGCUCGAGCAUGUAUUAUGGUCGUACCCAGACUCAAUUCAUGCAUACAAAGUUUUUGGAGAUGUAGUGGUGUUUGAUACUACAUAUCGGCUCUAUGCAUAUGACCGACCUUUUGGAGUUUGGUUUGGCACAGACAACUAUGGCAACGCCAUAUUCUUUGCUUGUGUUCUAUUGCAGGAUGAAAGGCCAUCUUCCUUUAGGUGGGCUUUGCAGUCUUUGGUCCAUCUAAUGGAUGGGAAGCUCCCGCAAACACUGCUGACUGAUCUGGAUCUAGGACUCAAAGAAGCUAUAAUGAGUGAGCUACCAAACACAAAACAUGCAUUUUGUUCAUGGUACAUCGUCUCCAAAUUAUCGAGCUGGUUUUCAAUGUCACUUGGCCCUCAUUUUGAGAGGUUAAUGACCGAGUUCCAAAGAAUCUCUACGUUGGAUAAUUUGGAGGAUUUUACUCAACAAUGGAGUCAGAUGGUUAGCGAGUUUGGACUUAGCUCAGACCGACAUAUUACCUUACUUACAUAUAACCGGGAAAAUUGGGCAUUACCAUUCCUUCGAGGGUGGUUCUUUGGUGGAUUGAAUGCAACUGGUUUUUCGACAUCGAUCAAAUCGUUCUUCAGAGGGUUCUUGAACUCUCAGACUCGGCUAAGAGAUUUUGUCGAGCAGGUGGCCACCGCAGUUGACCUCCAAAACCAAGCAGCAGAGGAAGCAACAAUAAGACAAGACUACCAGAAUAUGAAGAUUAAGACAUGCAUGCCGAUUGAAGAGCAUGCAGCGAGUAUUCUUACUCCUUUCGCCUUUGAUCUAUUUCAAAAAGAGCUUGUGGAAUCAACACAAUUUGCGGUUUAUGAUGCUCAAAGAGACACGUACCUCGUCCAACAUCGAUUGCAGUCUAAUGGAGGGCAUAUCAUUCAGUGGAUUUCGUCAGACGAAUCGAUACGUUGCAGUUGCAAGGAGUUUGAGUCAUCUGGGAUUUUGUGCCGCCACGCCCUUAGGGUUUUACCAUUGAAGAACUUCUUCUUACUUCCGGAUAAAUAUCUUUUGCCUCGGUGGCGUAAAGAAAGCUCGUUGUUUCCAAAAAGCACGGGAUACAAGUAUAGGUCACAAGCCCUUCGGUCCCUGGCUUCCAUCAUUAUACAAGAAUCGUCCUUGACAAAAGACCGGUUUGAUUACGCGCAGUGGCAUAUGAAUAAGCUUCUCAGCCAUGUGAGGAAUAUGCCUACAGUGGAUGAAACUGCUUCUGAUGUGGAGCCAGUCGUCUCGUCGUUAGAUGCCGCAGUUGAUGUGACUCCCGCGAGGUCUAGAGGAAGGCCGAGAAAGCUAAUAGCUGCAGCUGAAAUGCUGAAGGAGGCGCAAGCAGAAGUGCAAUCUUUCUCAGAAACUCAAGAAUUGUCGGAGGCCCAUGAAUUAUUGGAAGCACAGGAAUUGCCAUAGGACGUACUUCACUAUGCUACUCACUUAGGCUCUUGAAUCUACUCUCCUCUUCCCCUUCCGGACUCGCCUCAUUUUCUCGAAUGAAUAUUGUUGCCGAGUUUGGUAAGUUUUGGUUGUAUGAUUCUGCAGAUUAGCCAAUGAGGUUUUGGUUAUUGGAAAUUAAGUCGAGGCUGUUUCUGCAAUAUGUCUUGUAGUUUUAUCCUGUACAGAAGAUUUUAGCAGCAGUAGAGGCAAUUGUUGUAAAAGCAUUCCCAGCAAUAGUCAAUGCUUACUUUCAACUCCAUUAUUGAGAAGAUUUAUCCUUCCGAAUGAUCGUAGCAAAACCUGAAGCUCUGUCCCUUAAAUAUUAGGGUAAAUUGCACUACUAGUCCCUGAACCUUUUGCCAAGUU